AUGCUCCGCGACACUGGUCCAGUGCAGCGACGCCUGGCAUUCCGGCCGCGACGCUUUCCUCUCCGACGCACGCACCGUGCAAGCACCGUCGCGACCCACAGCCCCUGCAGGAAUCCUACCUUACGGACCGCCGCUCGUACAAAGGUCACGCAUUCUCGGCACCGUGCAACACGCGGGCUACUAGGCAGACCUGUUGGGACUAUUGACAUUGUUUUCGCUGUACUGGACUCCUCAUUGUGUUGCUGGUUUGUGUCUUCCGUAUCAAGUGCGAGAGCUAGAUACACUUAUCUACUGCCUUGUAGCUGGAAACUGCAUCAACAAUAAAGCGAGAUAUCCUGGAACUACGUUUGCGGU